CAUAUUAUUUGCAUCCUCAGUAUCGUGGUGCUGGAAUUAAGCAAUCACAAUUUGCUCGUAUAGCUGGAAUUGCAGGCCGUUUAUGGACUAAAAUGGCAAGUUCUAGUGCAAAAAAAAGUGAUCUGGAAAUUUUAAAAGCACAAUUACGUCAGUAUACUUGUAAUGAAGAGCCUUAUAAUGGGUCUUAUGAAUCAACUAUUGAUAGUCCAAUUCGAUGGUGGAAGACUACUGGAGAUGGUACUAAAACAAAGCCUGAUAUUGAAUUGUUCUCUGAGGUUAAUGACGAAGAUGAUUUUGAUGAUUUUGAUAAUUCAACUGAUUAUAUUGAUCCGGAAAUUGAACAUCAAGACUUAGAACUUGAAAAUUUUAUAGAUUUAAAUAACAUAGAACAAGAU